AUUAAAUAUACAGUACACGUCCAUUUGAAUAUUGGCAAAAAAUAUCUUUCAGAUCUUCUAAUCUGUAUUUUGUGUAAUUAAUGGACAUCAGCUCCUCCAAACGAGACAGCCUCAGUGGACCCACGUUGUUAGCAUCUUGAUUGCACCACCAAGUGAUGUGACAAUGCUUAGUAGUUAGGGAAGGGGCAACCUGCAAUUGAACCCCAUAUGAAGGCAAAGCCACAUAAUUUAUUCAUUUAGAUGACUAAUUAUUAGAGCUUUUGUUUGCCAAAUGCAUAGCAAUUUACCAAAUUCCAAGGGAUACCCACAUGACCACAUUUUCUCUUCUUGAUACCUCUUUGUUUAUAUAAAUGACCUUUCUUCGUACUUAUUGUUCAUCACAACAUUCAGCUUUUCUCACAACAUAGAAACACUAAAAACCAUGGCUACUACUUCUUGCCAUAUUAGGUCAAUCAGUUUACCCACUAGACCACACAAUCAGAGAGUGGAAGAGAUUCUCAACAAGCUCAAGAUGCUGGAAGUAUCUACUGCAUCAACAGCAGAGACUAUUUGCAGUCGUCUACUUGUUUUGGAAGACCUACACAAAUGUGUUGAUGAUCUUCUUAACUUGACUCACCCCUCCCAACAUGGAAAAUGGUUUGAAGAUUUAUUGGAACAAUCCAUGAGAAUUCUUGAUGUUUGUGGCACGAUAAGGGAAUUAGUGUCACAAUGUAAGGAACACGUAAGAGAUGUAGCAUCAUCUAUCAGAAGGAGAAAGCAAGAUUCAAACACAGAAUCCAACAUAGUCAGAUUCGCCUCCUUCAGAAAAAAGAUGAAGAAGGAUGCUAGAAGAUUAGUCUUGUCCUUAAAGCAAAUGAAUGAGGAGACUGAGGGAUCAGUGUUCCUAGAUGCAGUGCCGGAAAUAGCAUUUUUUAUUAGAGCAAUGAGAAAAGCCAGUGCAUCAUGCAUUCCGAUUUUCCAAAUGCUCUUGUCUUUCAUGUGUGUGCCACUCUUGAAGCCUAAGUCAUCUAAAUGGUCACUGGUUUCAAGAUUGGUGUAUAAGGGAAGAGUAUCAUGUGAAGUCCAAGAACCAAAUAUCAACAUGGAAACCAGGCUGGAAACUUUUGAGUCUCAACUGGAUAGUUUUGAGAAUGGAUUGGAAAGAGUAUAUAGAUGCCUGAUUAGAUCAAGGAGCUCCCUACUAAAUACAGUUUCCUUCUAAACUGUAUAGUUGACCAAAUUUUGUAUAUACAAUUUGUAGUUAUGAUAGAAAAGAACAAUAUACAAGUGAAA